UGCGUAGCAGGACGUGGCAGCGGCAUCAUGGCUUCUUGGGACCGACACGGGAGACGUAGGAGACUGAUCGAAAUGUUCAUAUUCCUGUCAUUGGUUGCAGUGACGUUCGCCCUGCAGGCAGUGAAGGUUUCUCCACUCAUAGAGAAAGUCAAUGACCACAAGGAUUUCAAGAAACUUCUGAGGACCAGAACUAAUGUUCUUGUUUUGUACACCAAGUCAGCUUCAUCUGGAGAUGCUCAUCUAAAGCUGCUGUCUGAUGUGGCUCAGGCUGUGAAAGGUCAAGGGACGAUCGCUUGGGUGAAUUGUGGGGAUUCAGAAGGCCGCAAACUCUGUAAAAAAGUCAAGGUAGACCCCAGCUCGAAAACCAAAGGAGUUGAGCUCCUGCAUUACAAGGAUGGGACUUUCCACACAGAAUACAACAGACCAGCCACGUUUAAGUCCAUGGUGGCGUUCCUGAAAGACCCUGUAGGUGCCCCCCUGUGGGAGGAGAACCCUGAGGCCAAAGAUGUCGUUCACAUUGAGUCAGAGAAGGAUUUCCGGAAACUGCUGAAAAGAGAGGAGAGGCCAAUCCUCAUGAUGUUUUACGCCCCAUGGUGUGGAGUAUGUAAAAGGAUGCAGCCCAUUUUCCAGCAAGCAGCCACAGAGACUAAAGGAAAAUAUGUGUUGGCUGGGAUGAACGUGCACCCGGCGGAGUUUGAUGGCGUCAAACAGGAGUUCAGCGUCAAGGGCUACCCAACCUUCUGCUACUUUGAGAAGGGGAAGUUCUUGCAUCACUACGAGAAUUAUGGAGCCACGUCCAAAGACAUCACUGAUUGGUUGAAAAACCCUCAGCCACCACAACCUAAGACUCCAGAGGUUCCCUGGUCAGAGUCCGGCUCGGCGGUCUUCCAUCUGACCGAUGACUCUUUCGACUCGUUCCUGGAGGAACAUCCGUCAGCCCUGGUUAUGUUCUAUGCUCCAUGGUGUGGUCACUGUAAAAAGAUGAAGCCAGAGUAUGACGAUGCUGCCGAGUUCCUUAACAAAGACCCAAAUAGUCCAGGUGUAUUGGCAGCAGUGGAUGCCACCAUUCACAAGUCCACCGGAGAGCGGUUCAAAAUCUCAGGCUUUCCCACAGUGAAGUAUUUUGAAAAAGGAGAGGAAAAGUACACGCUUCCUCAUCUCCGGAGCAAAGAUAAGAUCAUCGAAUGGCUGAAAAAUCCCCAGGCUCCACCUCCUCCAGAAAAGUCAUGGGAUGAGAUGCCGUCCAGCGUGAGCCACCUGGGAGCCGAAGAUUUCAGAGAAUCGCUGAAAAAGAAGAAACACGCCUUGGUCAUGUUUUAUGCUCCAUGGUGUCCGCACUGCAAGAAUGCCGUCCCUCAUUUCACCACAGCAGCAGAGAUGUUCAAAGAAGACCGCAAGAUUGCAUAUGCUGCAGUGGACUGCACAAAGGGACAGAACCAUGAGUUGUGUAAACAGGAGGGAGUUGAAGGAUAUCCAACAUUCAACUACUACAACUAUGGGAAGUUCAGCGAAAAAUACAAUGGGGAAAGAGGGGAAGCUGGCUUUACUGGUUUCAUGAGGAAUCUCAGGGGCCGAGACCAAGAAAAAGUGGGCAAGCGGAAAGAGGAGCUCUAAUAGGGUGGGCGUGGUUCCUGACGGUGGGAGGAGCCUAUCAUUGCACUGUGACUUGGGCAGGGAAAUCCCAGCACUGAUGCCACAGACUUGAAACCUCAGCUAAAAAGGCUAUUUUUUAUACAGCUGUGCCCUUAUGUUUGUAAUACCAAUGUAAAACCAUCAGACCACUUCAGUUUAGCUUUUUGUUUAGUUUUUUUAUUUGAUUUUCUUUAUAUUUAGUGAAAUUGUUUUUCCAAAUACUGUGACUUCAGUUACUGAAAUCCACACGUGAAAUCUAUGCAACACUGGACCCUCACUCGCCAGGGUCCCGUACGUGUGAUGGAAGGCUGGUGUUUAAUGGGGAAAACCAGUUAUCGCCAGGAUACAUCGCCAUCACUAUCAUUCCAGUGGGGAGGAAUAAUGUGUACAAUCGUAUCUGCAAAUAUUUUUGUUAAAAAAAAAAAGAAAAGAAAACAGAAAAAAGGGAGAAAAUGCCGUAUGACAUCAUGGUUUUGGGAGACAAAAAAGGCGGAGAAAUUUGUUGUAGCUGAACUUUGUGGCCUUAAAUGUUUGAAUAACUGUCGUUCAAAUAUUUUAAUAUUUUCAAUACAAUACUAGGGCCAAAAUGCAAGAGCAAAUAUAAGGACAUGUAUUCAAGCAAGUAUUUUUCCUCAUGUUUUAUUGUCGGUUGUGACAAAAUAAAAUGAAAAGAAAAAAAGGAAAUGCCAAAAAAAAAAAAAUCAAAGAUCAAAAUAAUGUUUCCAAAUUAAUUCUGAAAGUUUAAUUCAUGACUAUUGUAAUUCUGGGCCCAUCACGUUCUGUUGUAAUUGCUUAUUUUAAAAAGUCUAGUCUGGUUUAAUUGUCUAGUCUUGGUUAUGUAGUCUGAUUCGCGAAUACACACAGACAUUUCCUCUUCUAAGCAUGGGAAUGAUACAGUAGGAGAUGAUGAUGGAAACCGUAGAUAAUAAUGGGAGCUAGUUUGCUCUAGGCAUGUUGAGUGAUGCUCAUUUAACGCGUCUAGCUGGUUUAAACAGUGUAGCACAGGAGGAUCUGUUUUACUAGCUCUCUGCCAGAUGUUGGCACUUGAAGAGAUACCACAACCCUAACCAAUAUAUCUGUGGCGACUGCACUAUUGUGUGUAUGUGUGUAAAACUCCCUGCUCUAGGCAGUAUACAUAUUUAAUGGUCUUGUAGCUGAACUUUUGUUGUAUAAUUCAGAAGGUUGGUUCGUUUCAUUAUGAAUAAGGUUCUCAGGGAUAACGAAACACAAUUGAAGAGCCCUAGCGCUCGUUGUAAUUUGCAAUCCUGUUGGGUGUUCUUUAUUCACAUCGCCGAAUUAUGAAUUGUUUACAUGUGUCUUUAGGAGACGGAACACGUUUAAAAUAAAAAAAUUAAUAAUAAAAAUCAUUGAACAGGAAUUCAGUUUACAUUUCCUUGCCAAAUUUGCGGCAAGAAGUAUUGAAUAAAAUAUGAGCCAAGGAACGCUGAUGCAUAGAUGUCAAUUUUAUGCAAGAUAAUGGCUUCAAGUUCAGAAUACAGGCUGUAAGGGUAAAGUGUGAUUACAUGCCGAGUCUGUAGCCGAGCGCAAAAGGAGCCUAAUGAGGGGAAGGGGUACAGAUAGCUUGUCAGAAUAUGUUUGGUAAUGGUCCAAAACGGCUGAUACAAUGAAUGAAUGAACGCUUGCUACGUGCCACUGCUGUCCAGACAUGGUUCGUUUGAGCAUUGACACUUAUAUCAAUAUUUGGAUGGUCAGGAGCCUUUGCUGGGCUCCUUUGAGUUAGUUUCUUGUAGAAAAGUCUGCUUUGUCUUAUCCCAAAGGUCUGUGGAAUGUUGGAGCUACGCAAUGCCAAGAAGUCACUGUCGCCUUUAUUUUCUUGUGCCCAGCCAUAUGUACAGUUUUGCUGCAUUGAUGAACACAAUGCGAAAUAAAAGGCAUUCAUUUCCAAGAA